AUGAGACAUCAAAUGCGAGAAAUGGAUCAGAUGAUGAAUAGCUUGAUGGAUCCAUUUGGAAUGUUCAAUCGACAUAGUAUGAUUGGAGGAAUGCUGGAAGACACACCACGAACACAGUCAGGUCACCGUGACGAUAUGGCGUUGAUGUCUCCUUUUGGUGGCUUUGGAGGCGGAUUAUUUGGUGGUAUCAUGCGACAAAUGGAAGAUAUGCAAACCCAAGCAAUGAAUGAUCCUAAUUCACUUGUCUUUUCACAUUCUACCAUGAUUACCUAUGAUGGAAGAAAUGGUGGGCAACCACGAGUUGUUGAAAAAUCGAUUCGUAAGACUGGUGAUGUGCAGGAGACACGGCAUGCAGUCCGAACGGGUCAAGAUGGUGUUGGAGAUAAACUUACCAUUGGUCACACAAUAGGCGAUCGAACUCAUGUCAUAGAGAAGAAACAUGAGGCCGAAGAAUUUGAUCGGGAAUUCGCUAGCCGUGCACGACGUAAUAUGACUGGAAAUCGAAAUGAUGGCCAUAGUGUCCGUGCAAUUGAAAAUGGUAAUUAUGGAAGUGCGUCAUCUAACAGGAACCGUCAUGUACCGCGUGUUGGUGGCAUGAAUGGACCAAUUAUUACUCUUCCAGAUGAAGAUGAUAUUGAUGCUGCUGACGAUGAUUAUAGUAGAGGAAAAAGGUCCAAUACACGAUCUGCUGCUCCUGGUGGUCCGGUUAUACGUGAAGUAACUGAUGACGAGGACGACGGUGGUAAUCAUAAACGGCGAAAGGGUAUUUCUGGAAGACUUUUCAGAGCAAAUGAUGAGUGA